AUACGUGGGGGACAGGCGAGGCGGGACAAGUCGAGCGUGUGUGAAUGUGUGUAUGUGCGCGUAUAUGUAUGAGGGACGGAGAUGGCGUAAUACCUCCCGAAUUCGCUCCUUUUUACGUUAACAAUCUGAUUAAACAUCGGGCAGAGCGUCUGACUACGUUCACGAUCGUCCCGUCUGCUGCCAUCGCUGCAAGUGCUGCCAGUGUGCGUUGCCUACACGAUUGUCGUCAUAUAGCUGUUAUAGGUUACGCCAGGUGGCUAUAUUGAACCUAGCGCUGAUCGACUGAAAUCCCGUUCAAACUCGGUUGUUUUUCCGGCGGAUACGUUUGCACUCAUAUCCGCCACGCAACGAUCAGUCUGAUCUUACAAAUAGGAACACGGAUCCUACCAUAAACGCACGUGGCGCAAAGCAGCAUUCGUGGGGAUGACGUAAAUCCGAGACGCUGGUGGUACCUGACAGUACCGCAGAGCGCGGCGGGCCCGUUCUAUUCCUCACGCCGAGUCUGCAUUCACAGAGAGUCGAGCGAAGAAGAUAGUGAAGUAUGCUCGCGAAAUGAGCGCCAAGGUGCAGCUGCGUCGGUCCGUGGCUCUCCCGGCUGCCGAGCCAGAACUCGUCAAGCAGGGAUGGAUGGAGGUGCACAAGAACAAGGUGAUGGGUCAGUGGAAGAGGCGCUACUGCAUACUGACGUCGGACGCGUUCGUCUACUUCAAGGUGGUCAUCAACUGGCUGAGCGCCGACGACCGACGCACGAAGCCGUGCAGCGAGGUGCGGCUGACGCACGUCGACAUGGUGACGCAGCACGUGAGGAAGACGAACGUCAUCACGCUGAAGCUGGACAGAAAGAAGCUGACGCUGAAGGCCGACACGGGACACGAGCAGUGGUUCAGCGCCAUUAGCAACGCGGUCGCCGCCAGCAGGCAGCACCAGCAGGUGCAGAAGGAGUUCUCGCGCGUGUCUCGGCAGCUGGAGAGCCGCGGAGAGACCGUUCUCAACAUCCGCAAAUCGAUGAUGGUGGGCAACAUCGACGUUGUGCACGAAGAGGCGGCAGAGCCCGAGAGCAACGCACUAGAUUUAGGGUAUUUGAGAGACAGUGUGGACCUGGAUGACGAGCGCGUGGGAUUUGGAAGCUUACAGCCCAAGCAGCCCGGCUACGCAUCGGCUACACCCGCGGAAGUGCAUAUUGCAGGGAACACGCCGAAGGUGCAGAAAGCGCGGCUUAUGGGCCGGUCAUCGAGCGAUGCAGUUACCAAACUGCGUAAGAGCCCAGACGUGCGCCGUCACAACACCAACCCAGAAGACGUGAGGCGACCGGACCCGGAGCUCGUCCGCUCGACGCCGUGUGUCAACCUCGCCUCCAUCGAUAGCGAGGAAGGACAGCUGGACACGUCAUCGCGAGAGUGUGACGACGGCUAUAUGUAUGAGCACGUGCCAAGCACCGAACUUUAGGCUCGCCGGUGACUGCAUGUAACCGCUAAAGAUUUAGGCAAUAUCGUAGGUGUUCUUCCAACGAUCAAAAUAUCAACAACAUCUCUGUAUCAGCAGCAGUAGCUUUGCGUAUGUUUGUGAAAAGCAUGCACUUGUUCAUGUAAUAAUUAGAAGUUUUGUGCGUAGAAUCGAGCUGGCCGGGUUUUCACCAAAAGACGCAAUAAGAAAAAUAAUAGGAGUCUCCGAAUUCGUGGGUUUAUUAACACAUUUCAUUAUUUAUUUUUUAAGCUUGAAUUCAUAGAACAAAUUGUGCAUGCAUCUUACACAGACAGACAUUUAUAAAGCAUGCGUUUUAUGCAAAUUUGGCAGUAAGUACAAGUACUGUCACACGCUGUUCAUCAUUGCCAUACGACUACAAAAAUAUCACCCAUUUACAUUAUCACGUAUAAUCAUGUCACCAGUUGUCUGCUAACUAGAUGUAAACAGGUUAGUUAUCCUUCUACUUCUAAAAUCGACUAACUUUACAUGCAUAUAGCUUCGGGUAAUGAGAAAGUAUUAUCAUGACGGGGUGUGAAACGUGAAGGUUUCGUCGUAAUUUAAUGACCAUAGCUAGGGCUCUUCAUAAAUUGUCACUCACCUCAGUAUAAUUCAAUAAAGGAAAUGGACGGAUUGAUAUA